CUCCUUCCCCUCCCCGCUCCCUUUCUCCUUCUUCUUCUUCUUCUUCUUCUUCUGCUUCCUUCUUAGUCAUUCCCUUUUCCUUCUCCUUUUCCUUUUCCUUCCGUUUUUCGCUUCUCCUCUUCCAUCUCUCUAGACGAAUUUCUGCCGCCGCUGCUCGAAUCACCAGUUUGUUACUUCUUCUUAGGCGGAUGCUCCCCUUCGCCGCUGUUCACUGAUAUCUUCGAUUCACCAGUUGAAGGUAACAAAGGCAAAAAUGGAUAAAAAAUAAAAAGAAGUUAGAUGGCCGGGGGGAAGGAUAAACCUAGCGAUUGGAAGGUGGGGAGGAUUUUUAGUAGGGAGUUUAGACAUGGGUUUGUACAGUAAAAUCCCAAGAAAUCAUACAGACGAACACGGUUUAAGGUGUCAAUCUGUUCUUGUGCCGUCUAAAGAUUCCUUAAAAAUAGUGCAGUCUAAAGAUUCCUUAAAAAUAAAAGCUUCGUUCCACAUUUACGAAAAAAUAAUUCUUCAUUCACCUCCCACUCCAGUUGAAAUUCGAAUCGAGGAUUUGGAUCUGUGGGUUUUGGGCCUUCGAAGCUCGAAGGCGAGUUCCCGACUCGGGCGUCCUUCAACUGCUUUCCUUCGGUAGAAAGGCGGCGGCGCAAGGAGGGGUAACGACAUUAUUAAGUCAUUCGCCAAUUUAUUUGGAACAAGCCCGUCUGGAGCCGUAAGCUAGCCCAUGAUUAAUGGCUGGCAGUGGGAGAAUGCGGUUGCCGGAUCCGCCGCCGGCCUUGCCACCGUCUCCUUUACUCACCCCCUUGAUGUCGUCCGUACCCGAUUUCAAGUGAAUGAUGGCCGAUUAUCAAACAUCCCUACGUAUAAGAAUACUCCUCAUGCACUCUUCACUAUCGCUAGGGCUGAGGGUCUUAGAGGGCUCUAUGCUGGUUUUUACCCUGCUCUUCUUGGAUCAACUGUUUCAUGGGGUUUAUAUUUCUACUUCUACAGCAAAGCCAAGCAGAGGUAUCUGAGGAGCAGAGAAGAGCUAGGACCCACUCUACAUCUUGCGUCAGCUGCAGAAGCUGGAGGCUUGGUUUGUCUUUGCACCAAUCCUGUUUGGCUGGUGAAAACAAGAUUGCAGCUUCAGACUCCUCAGCAGGCCCGUCCAUACUCUGGUUUUCAUGAUGCUUUAAGAACCAUACUAAAAGAAGAGGGAUGGAGGGCACUAUACAAAGGGCUUGUGCCUGGCCUUUUUUUGCAGGUUACACAUGGUGCUAUUCAGUUCACAGCAUAUGAAGAACUUAGAAAAUUUGCUAUGAAUAUCAGGACCGGAGAAAGAAAAAAUAGAAUAGCUGAUGAUUCAUUGGAUUCAUUUGAUUAUGCCUGUUUUGGUGCUGUUUCCAAACUAGCUGCCAUUCUGUUGACUUACCCUUUUCAGGUUAUUCGAUCAAGACUUCAGCAACGGCCUUGCAUUGAGGGGAUUCCAAGAUACAUGGAUAGCUUGCAUGUUGUGAAGGAAACUGCACGGUUUGAGGGUCUGCGAGGAUUUUACCGAGGUAUGACUGCAAAUGUGCUGAAAAACGCUCCAGCUUCUUCAGUGACAUUCAUUGUGUACGAGAAUGUGCUGAAUCUGCUGAAACUGGCGAGAUGGAAAGAUAGCUAACCCUAUGUGCCUUGGGCUUGAUCCUUUAUGUGACAUGGAAUUAUCAAUGAACAUUGUUAUUCUUUUUAUAACUACAUCUGAAAUUGCCAAUGUAUGAAUGACACAAUAAUUUGUUUGAAUUAAAUGAAUUGACACAAUAAUUCGUUGGUUCAUUUGACAUUUGUUGUUAGUUCAUUGAGAGAAUAAUUUAAAUGGUGGGACAGCUUGUUGUACCUUGCACAUCAAGCAUAAGUUUGAUUUUGUUUUUAGACAAUCAAAACUCCAUCCCAUACUAGAGUAAAAAAUUAUUGAAUGAUCUUCCAAUC